AAGCUGUGAAAAAAUUUGUCAACGCAGACUAUAUGAAAAAUCCGCAAUUACUUUUUGGGCAACCCAAUAUAUAAACAAAUCUUGGGAAUGAGAUGUUGGGUUAUUACGUUAUGAUUGCAACAGAACUGCAAUGAAUGAAUGAAUGAUGAUAUUACCUAUCUAUUGGGGAUCUAGAGGAUCCAAAUGAAGAUCCACACAGUUUGAUACUAUGGAAGAAUCUAUUUGACAAAGUGAAUUCACUUCUGGAAAACACUGAUCAGCUUCAUAGCAAAUUUUUGGAUAUGAGCAAAAGGAUUGAUGAAAUCAGCAAAAGACAAGAGGAGCAGCAAACCCAGUUGAAUGAAUUAAUGAAAACUAUGCAGCCUAAUCCGAAUGUAUUAAGUCCCAUGAGUAAAAUCAACGGUGAAGUGGCCAUAGAAGAAAAGCCUAAACUUUCCCCACAACCGAAACCCGCAACAGAAUGGACCACCAUACUCAGACGUCAAGAUGGUUCUGUAGAUUUCUAUCGCAAUUGGACUGAAUACAAAAAUGGUUUCGGCAAUCCGCCAAAUGGUGAAUUUUUCAUAGGCUUGGAUAAAUUGCACGAAUUAACCAAUCAAGAUCCACCGCAGGUGCUUACAGUCAUACUACGGGAUUGGAGAAAUGAGGAACGUUAUGCCAAUUAUAGUUUUUUCAAAAUCGAUAAUGAAGCGGAAAAAUACAAAAUAUUUGCCUUGGGCAAUUAUGAAGGCAAUGCUGGCAAUGCAAUGGCCUUUCAUUUGGGACAAGCGUUCAGUACAUACGAUCAGGAUAAUGAUGGCACAAAUGUUCAAAAUUGUGCCGAGAGAUGGCAUGGGGCUUGGUGGUAUGAUAAUUGUUAUCACAGCAAUUUAUGUGCCACUUAUCGCCAAGAGCAUGAUAAAUUUUCGAAGGGCAUCGCCUGGAUGCAAUGGAAAGGUCAUGACUAUUCGCUUAAAUAUGCUGAAAUGAAGAUAAGACCUAAGAAAUAGUAACAGCUAACCAAAAUGAUGGCCAGACAAUAUUUCAGAAAACAAGUUCAAUAUUUUGAAGUUAAGGAAAAAUUUAAUUUAAUUAAGAAUGUGAAGAAAGAUUUUUGUAGUAACCUAAUUUUCCCAUUAAUUAAAAUGAUGGCAUAUUUUUUAAUUAAAACCAAAAUAUUGCCACAAUUUUCUUUUGAAGUAAAGAUCAGAUUUCAAUUCAACAACCAUA